UGACAAUUUUUGCCUUUUGUUAACAUUCAUAUUGCGCCGAACUCAUCAGUCAGAUUUCAUGCCAUUUAUUUUUGUAUUGAAUUUUGAUGGAGCAAAUUUGUUGGUGUCUUCUAUACAAGUAAUACUGAAGAUGAAGGUAUUACUAAGCACUGAGGCAAGGAAGCUAGUAUAUUUUGCUGAGUGGUCAUUGAUUUUAUUUUCUAUAUUUAUGAUGGUUUCGUUUUUAGGUGGUGAAGUAUACUUAAAAAGAACCAACAUGCUGAACAGUAGUAACAACGAUAACGACAAUGAUGGCGUUGUCGGACACACAUUCCAGAACCUGUACCCAGCCAUUUUUCAGAGCUUCUCCAUUAUACUCUUCGGUUAUGUGUCCGGACGUGUAAAACUUUUAAACGCUACACAGUCAAAAGGUCUUGGAAAUUACAUCACAUACUUUGCAUUACCAGCCCUCCUCCUCAAGUCAAUGGUGGAACUGAACUUUGGAAAGGUUAACUGGCUGUUCUGGACAGCAAUAUUAAUCUCGAAAGUGAUAGUGUUUUUGAUAGUGUUUAUAUUUACGUUGAUUCUUGGACGCAAAUGUGAUAUCGGGUCAGCAGGGAUCCAUUCAAUUGCGUGUACCCAAAGUAAUGAUUUUGCUCUUGGUUAUCCUAUUAUUGUCACCUUGUAUAAAGACACGCAUCCAGAGUUCAUUCCAUACCUGUACCUCUUUGCCCCAAUCUCAUUAGUCCUCCUCAAUCCCAUUGCGUUCAUCUGUCUUGAGAUCCAGAAGAACCGCCACGCGUCAAUGUCAUGGGGUGCCAUGCUGUUCAAAGUCUUCAAAGGAAUCAUUCUCAAUCCAGUUGUGCUCAUGGUCCUAAUUGGACUGAUAGGAAACUACGUCUUUAGUCAAACUGUACCCACCUUGAUUAAGUCUAUUCUAGAGACACUGAGUGCAUCGUUUUCGGCAACAGCGUUGUUUUAUCUCGGCCUAAACAUGGUUGGCAAGAUUAAGCAGGAUACUGGCUUUUUCUUUGUUACACCAGUAUUACUAAUUGCUGCUAAAUUGGUUUUAUUACCUCUAGUUGCCAGACAAGUAGUCUAUGCCAUGAAACCAGGCGGAGCCGAUUCAAAUCUGACUACUGAUUUCAGCACAUAUGGUUUCUUGUAUGGUACAAUUCCAGCCGCUCCCACCGCAUUUAUCUUUGCCUCUUAUUAUGGGAUAGCAACAGCUGUUAUUGCAACAGCGAUGGUGUUAGGAACUUUCAUCUCUGCUCCAUUGAUGUUUAUAACAGCUUCUAUGGUAACACUGCCUGUAGAUUAUCCAGACAAGUAUAAUAUGUUUCUGUCAGAUGUCUCAUACGAUAUCAGUUGGAUCGGUUUUGGUUCCUGUUGCUGGAUUCUUCUAAUUUUUUUGCUUGGAAGAAGAUACUUGCGUCUACCUCAUAAGUUUACAACCAAUCUAGUUGUUGCACAGAUGCUGAUGUGCAUUGGAUACAUUCUCUUGGUAUCGUGGAAAAACUGCACAUACUGGCAACACCUUGUCCAACACACCAUCUUCCUCGUGGGUGUGUUCAGUGCCCGUUGUUGGGCAGCUAUGAUAUCUGUCGCCCUCUGCCUGCUGCGAUGCCGUAGUACCUGCUUUGUUCUACAGCACAAGUUCUGGUUUUACUUUUAUGGCUGGGGUGUCCCAAUGGUUGUGGUUGGUGUUUUAGUUGCUGCUAGUAACUUAAAUGAUGACCUGAUAUCACCUGUAUUUGGUUACGGCAGAUCACAGCUGAUCACAUCCACAUUGAUGUUAGUGCUCAAUAUUCUAUUGACUAUCAUUCCAUUGGUGAUUCUGCAACGUAGAGAUCGUUUCCAUCAUUCUACUUAUGAACAAUUACAAGGAGAGUCACAUGACAGAAAUCCAGAAUCUGAUACUCUCCUCAAUACUACAGAAGAUGAAGAUGAUAUUUCAGAUGAUAGUGAUGUAGAGAAACCUAUCAACUCUGGUUCCUACCAGGCUACACCCAAGAAAGGAGUUCUCGACAUCGAGGAUAUUGCCAGAGAUGGCAUCCAGAACUUGAGCGUCCAGAUGUGUUCAGCAUCUUACCAAUGCUCCCCUCAACGGAAGGAUCACUGCCGCAGCAUGUUGCUGCAUCGCAGACGACAAGAGAGGCGUCUCAGUAUGUUUUCUAGCAUGUCAGAGUCUGCUAAACACCAGAUAGGUAGACACUUGGUGCUGCUUCUCUUGCUGAUCCUCUCCAUGGUGGUGGGUUUGUUUUUAUGUACAUGGAAGAUAUUUAACAACACUGAAUCUGGGAUCUAUAUAGAGCUGGAAUUCCUUGAUAGUGUCUUUAACUACGGUCAGGGAUUUUUUGUGCUAGCAGUGUUUGGAUUUGAUACGCAGUAUGUUUUAGUACCUUUCAUCAAAACGAUUAGACUUCGUGGUAUAUUACUGAAACGUUCUGGUGGCUGCUUUAACGGUUUCCGUAAAUAUUUCUAUGGCGUCAAACAAGUACAUCUAGAGGACCCGUCGGAUUUAAGCCCGGAGGUCCUCCACACUUGUGAUCAGUUCCUUGUACAUCAUGUCGCAAAAUGUAAAAAUGAAAUUGUUCAAGAUUUAAGGUAUCAUUUCAAGACUUAUUCAAACGUGUUUAAAGGAUCUAAACUCGUUGAUUGGUUACUAGAUAUUGGGCUCGCUGAAGAGCGUGCUGAUGGAGUGGAUUAUGGAAAACGACUCCUACAGGGCCGAGUUAUACAGCACAUAUUACAAGAACACAAUUUUGAAGAUUGCAAUUAUUUAUACGAGUUUAUACCAUCAUCAUCUUCAAGUUCAAAUUCUGAGACUCCCGAAUCUGAUAAUACUAGUACUCAAAAUGAAAGUGAUUGAGAUAUUUUUGUCUAGAAGUUGUUAUUCCUUCCAUUGUUAUUAAAUAGUGUUUUUUCCCUGGUCAUUGGAUUGCAGAGUUUGUUAAACAUAGUUUGUAGAGUGUUCCUGUGCCAUGCAUGUUUUUUUUUAAUUUUUUUAAUUAAACUUUAUUUACCGAGGGUAACCCAAAACAGCGGUUAGCUGACAAUCAUGGGGCCCUUACAUAAAAAAAAAGCAAAAUACAUAACAACAGCAAGGCAAAGUUAACAAGUUAAUAUAAAAAUAUAUAUAGACAUAAAUGGGAAAAAAAGAAGCAUGUAUGUACAAAGAUUUAAAAGCAUUAAAAAAGCAUUUAAAAGGCAUUAAAAAAGGUAUUUUAAAAAAUGGUAUUAAAAAAUGGUGACUUUCAGGGACAGUUCCGUAUAGAUUUUUCUUUGGUUGUAAGAUAUUUCUUUAACAUUUUUUUAAAUAAGUUUAAAGAAGAUGCAUUUUGAAUUUCAUAUGGUAGAGAAUUUUAAAAUUUUGGAGCUUUGUAGAUAAAACUGUCUCUGAAGGUCUCAGUUUUGGGGAAUGGAGUUAUAAAACACCCCCGGGUAGCAUUGUGGGUACGUCUGGUGGGAAGUCUGGCAAGAUGUUGAGCUAAAUAGUCCGGGGCGAGACCAUUGGCAGAUCUAAAAGCCAGACAGUCCAGUUGAAAAUGUAUACGAUCUUUCACUGUAUGUAGGUUGAGGGUGUUGUAAAUGUUGAUUCGUGGGGUGAGUGGAUGAGCGUUAAGAAUGAUGCGAAAAGCUUUGUUUUGCAUGACUUGUAUUCGGUCAAUAUAUAAAAGUGGUUCUAAUUAAAGAAGGUGCUUAUAUAGUAUGUUUACUUACCAUAGUCCAUGAUCAUCCAAAAUCUUUCAACACCUUGUCAUUGGUGACAAGAGGUAAGCAUGUAAAUAAACGCCGUGACCAAGGUUACUUGCCUUGACUCAGCUCAUGACCUUUUCUAUUGCCAAACCUCCAUAAAAAUGGGUAUUAAAAAAAAUAUGAUAAUAAUUUAUCGCUGUGUUUAGUAUAUCAAAGUCAAAGUAAAUUUUAUUAAUCCUUUAAAAAAGGAAACUGCAAACUCAUAUUUGUAACAUUAAAACAUUGAUAUAUUAUAAUACAAGUAAAUCUCCAAAAUCAUUUUUUUAAAUGAAAAUUUAAAAAUUCCCAAAAACUAGAAUUAAAAGCAGAAGUUGCCAAGGCCUGAUACCUUGAUUUUUUUUUUUUACAAAAUAUUUAUUUUUGUGCUGUGUUGUAGAAUUUAAUAAAAUAUUAUUGAAAAUAGUAUAUACAAGUACUUUUUAUAAUACUAAAUAUUGGUAUAGUUUUUACUUAAAAUUUGACAAUAUUCUUGUGUUAUUACUGAGUCUGUUAAGCCUCGUCAGGGUCAUCAUCGACAUUGUAUGGUUGUAAUGUUUAUUAGCCAUUCCGGCUCCCUAUUACAAUUGUUAGUGUCAAAUUGUUUGUUAUUAAUGAUGUGUUUAUCAAAAUGUAAAGUGUGUACAUUUAAAAAUGGUUUUCUUGUUAUAUAAGUUAGUGCACAUUGGUAAAUAAAAGCCUAAUGUAGAUAUUAGGGAAUAUAAUAAUGAAUGAUUAAUGUAUAAAAUAGAUAAAUAUACUACUGUUUUGUAUAUAGUGUACCAGUACCUACAUGACAUGGGUAUUUAUCUUUGAUUAAGCUUAGCUAUACAUGCUACAUUUAGUGCCAUAACUGUGUGUGAGUAACAAUGGCUUUAUGUCUGUUUUAUAUGAAUUUAUAUAAGAUAUUUUAUAUUAUUUUGUAUUGUUUUUUUAAUUUUUUUUUAAUUUUAUAAUAUUCACCAAGAAUUUAAAAUUUAUACUUUCAAUAUUUGUUUUUUUUUUUUAUAUCUAUACCUAUAUGGCAGAAUAAGUUAUAAGUUUAAAUUUACAUAUUUCUAAACAUUUUAACCAUGGGAUCUACAGCCAUAAUAUAUGUGCAAUUUGAGUGGCACACUAGCCUAUGAUUGAGGUGGUGGAACGAGUCAUCUCGGAUAAGGACUAUAAACUGUAGGCCCAGUGUAGACAAUUGGCUGUAUGUGCACUUUAAAGAACCUAUUACAUUUUUCGAGACAAGUAGGGAGUUACCUUAGUGUACUGGUCCAUACAACCCCUGUCACCCUACAGUAGUUCACCCAAAGGUCCUUUACAGGAUGUAAGAGAGAGUGAAACAAACUUCAGAGAUAGUAUAAAAAUAAUCAGAAUAUGAAACGAAGUCUGAAAAGAAGUUUUACAGCCUUUAAUAGAUUUAAGAAAUAUAAGAAAAAUAUAAAUAAAUAUAGAAAUAAAUAAUAAUAGAAAUAUAAGAAAAUAUAAAAAAAAGUGUUAAGUUCGAAUUGAAGAAUAAUAUUUGCUGUGAGUGCAGUUUAAUGAUGUACAAAUUAUGCGAGCUUAUGUGCUGAAAAUGCUUAAAUCCUGAGCUUUCUCCCUCUGUGAUUGGUUGCUUUGCAUAUGCUUGCUGUCAAUUAGAAUGUAUUGUGUCUAUCACGUUUUGUCCUCCUGAUCACUGCCAGUAACAGUGAGUGUCUUAUAAUGGAGAAUAUAAUUUUCCAUGUAUUGAAAAUAUUUUUAUUCUAUUAUUUCAUUUUGGAUUUCUGCUUUAAAGUUCAUGAAAUUUAAUUUGCAAUAAAAUGAAAAAGGUACAUGUAUGAAAAUACAGUGGCAUAUCUAAAGGGAAUAGGGGCGUACCAUUCCCCCACACCCACAGGUGCUAUAGGUGCCGACCGCUAUUGAAGUGGUAAAAAAUCAUUUUGCAUGUCACUUAAUCACCUUAUUGUAUCAGGUGCUUGACUCCACCACCUUCCAAUUUCAUAGGGUUUGUGGAAAUAUGCCUAGAUAUACCACUGAUACAUAAACUGUAAAAGAAACAGACAAAACAUUAUGUCAGAAUUGUUCGUAAUGGUGCUAGAAAAAUCAAAGACAGCAACUAUCUGAUUCUGAGACUAAAUUAGUCUAUUGCUAUCUAUUAUUGAUUUAUUUUUGCACGAGCUUUCGCUGCCAGUCGACGCCAGUAUCAUCUGAGUUAGUGUAACUUAAGCCAGAAAAGUUAAUUGUGUUUUUCCGAGUUGAUAAAUAGUGUAAGUACGUUAAUAACAUACCUUACCUUUCAGUGAAAUGUAGAGUUCACGUCCUUUUUGUAUUGUGUUUUGCUUGGCCGAGCAUUAAACAGAUUAAUUUUGUAUAAA